AUGAUAAAUAUCGAUAUACAAUAAAUAGAAGAAAGUAAAGAAGAUCUAUUUUUUAGUUAUGCAAUUGAUAUAACAAAACAAAUUUUCUGAGGCUGUUGAAAAAUCUAAAAGGAUUAUAGUGUAAACCUCAUUCAAUUAAUUUCACGCUUAUAAUCUCUUAAGUAAGAUCAUAAUGAUUUUAGAAACCUUCUUAAUAGUAAAAUAUGGAAGUUUUUCUUCGAAUGAAAAAUAAUAGUGGUAUGAGUAAAUAUUGUAGUUGUGUGAAUCAAAGCUCUAGAAAUUUCCUUCUCAAAAUUAAUCUUUAUUCAUGAAAGGUAAAAAUAUUCAUUGAGCAAAUUCAUAGCUGCAGCAUUAUUUAGCUAAAACAAAGCCAAUGAGUCUUUGGAAUUGUGUGAUUAAAUUAUUUCUAAUAACCCUUAGUAAUUAGAUGGAUAUCUUUUGAAAUGUAUUCAUAUUGUUAUUGUAAUUAGCAAAGGUUUUAAGCGAAUGUGGUUUAUAAGAGUAAGAUAUAGAGAUGUGGAGAUAGUUUGUUUAAUAAUUUUGUGAUGUUCAUCAAGGAUAUUUGUCUCUAAGUUAUUUAUAAUUAGAUUUAUGUAGUUAUAGCAUUACAGAAUAAAAAGAAAUACGAGGAGAUACUUACAGUUUGUAAUAAGGCUAUAAAAAUGUUUCCUGAUAAAUAAGUAUUUUUAGAAACAAAAGGUUUGAAUCUCACAAAUUUAAUAGGAGACAAUUUAUAUAAAUUGAACUAGUAUCUUCAGGCCUUUCAGGUUUUUGAUGAAUUAAUUCAAAAAAAGACAGCUUGCAGGUACCAUUAUGAGAUGAAAAGUUUAAUAACAAAAUAAUUCUAGAAAAAUCUUUGAGAAAAUACAAGAAAGAAGUAUCAAAAAAAUAUCGAGCUAAUGAUAGUAAUGAUGAAUUAAAUAGAAUAUAUGGUAAUUAUUAUUAUUUAUUAUAGACUGGAUUAAUGAAUAAUUGAAAAUAUGUUAUACUUAAUUGUUAUAAGAAACUGAUGAAGAAUGCUUAGAAUUAGAGAGAAGUAUUUUUCCAAAUGAUAUUUUCAGUAAAAUUCUUAUAUGAGAUUAAUGAUGUACAAGAAGCUCGGAUAUUUUUGGAUAACAUGAUUAAGAAGCAUCCAGAAAAUAUAGAAGCAUAUCUAUUUAAAGGUAUUAGGGAAUACAUUUAGCAACUGUCUUAGAAAAUGAGAAAAAGUUUGAUGAAAUUAUAGAGUUAUUCGAUGAAGCGAUCUCUCAAUAACCUGAAAAUAUGUAAUUAUAUGAGAAUAAAGGUAAUAUUGCAUUCUUUAUAUAUAUUUAGCUCGACAAUUAGAAAAAUAGCAAAAAUGGCUUGAUACUUUAAAAUGCAUCAAUUAGGCUGUUAAAAAAUUUCCUAAAUCUCUCCACUUUUAGUUAUAAAAAUGUACUAUGGAAUUUUAUUUUUUGUUAAAUCCUUAAACAUAAAUUAAAAUGAAGUAAUUAUAUAACAGCUGAAUCUUAUUAAGGCCGCUAGAUAAUGUUGCAGAAUGAUUCCAAAUAUUUAUUAUGAUACAGACUAAGAAAUGG